CACCACAUCAUCAAGACGCCAAGGCAGAGGCAGCGGCUGGCAGCUCAUGCACCACCGCGCUAGAUGGAGCAGCCGCACUCGGCGAGCGCAGAUGGGCCGCCGCGCACGAGCUUGAGCACGGCAGCGGGCGCCAGCAUCCGCUGCGUGCUGCCGCUCGAGAGCCCCGCCGGCCAGCCGGACGCCGUCAUCGUCCUGCGCGAGGAUGCAGUGCUUUGCGCGCUGCCCGAGGAUGUCCAGCUUCAGCUGGCCGCUGCACCACGAUGCACUCCCUACCCGGAGGCUCCUUCGGGCGCUGAACCUGGCAAGGGGCCCAAGCGCCGCAAGCUGCACGGCUCGCGCGAAGACGUCUUUGCGCCGCUCGCCGUGCGCGCCGCGGCGCUCAUCCCGCCCGAGUCACUCAGCCUCAGUGCCAGGCUGAGGGUGCAGCAGGCCGCACAGGAGCACGACUGGCAGAACGAGGAGCGCUUGGCCGAGCAGAGCUCAGCAGCAGAUGCAGCAGCGCUGCCGCCCUUGCUAGUGUCCGAGACGCAGAAGCGCUGUGAGUGCACGUUGGCGCGUGCGAGGAGAAACUCGGCUCAUGCAGACCACAGCGACAGCCUCUGAGGAUCUCGUCCAUCGACUGGUCUUCAAUGCAAGCGCUGGAGCUACCGUGCUGCCCAUCGGGUCCGCUAAGUGCGAGCCGACGACCAAACAU